AUAUGACAAAACACACGUAGCCAUCUAAUAAGACCACCCACACAUUUCUUCCAACUCACUCGUUCCCUCACCUCGAUUCAUUCACUCACACCCACUUGGUUCCUUCUUCUCCACCCUUAAUUAUAUUUUUUUUCUUCUUUAGGCUUCCCAAUUUUUUUUUCCUUGCAUCCAAACAUGUCCUCCACUCACCCAAACCCAGCAACAUCCACUUUCUUAUUACUCUCAAUAAUACUCCUCUGUUUCCCGGGCAGAACAAAACCCGACAACCCCUGCCCGUACCCAUGUUACCCGCCACCCACGGGCAGUGGCAUUCCGACAACUCCAUCGGGUUCCACAGCGCCACCAGCACCACCACAACAAGUAUUCACAUACCCUCCUCCACCUUCUGGCUACUACCCCUUUAACCCAACACCACCUUAUGGUGGCGGCGGCGGCGGCGGCGGUAGCGGUGGCGGUUUUGGCUCACCACCACCACCGGAUCCUAUUCUACCAUAUUUUCCAUUCUACUACAGAAAGCCUCCUCAUAAGACAGAUGAUAAUUCAGCAUCAAGCACUUUGCAGAAAUACACAGGAAUGAUUGCUACUACUAGUUUAUUGUCUUGUCUUCUUCUUGUUGUUGUAUAACUCUCCCAGAAUCUUCAUGUAGUGAAACUGUUCUUUCAAAUGAAAAUUAGUGCAUGUUAAUUUAAUAUUAAUUUAUUUGACUUUGUGUUGGGUUUGAGAUAUUAUUAUAAUAUCUAUUGUCGUGGCUGCGAAUUUUGUAUGUGCAUGUAGUUCUUCGGGGGAAGGGGAAAAGCAGAGGAGAUACGAAGCAGAGAUUAUGAUUACUAGGAUUUUGGACUUGAAGAGAUUGUAAAGAGAGAAAUAAAAACCAAAAAUGGAGCUAGAAGAUUUUUCUUGGGGUUCGAUGAUUUAAUUAAUUAAAUUGUUGUUAAUAUGAGGGGUUUUUUUGGGUCUUAAUGCCAUAAUUAUUAGGAUAGUGUCAAUACUGUAAGCGUCCCCUGCUUUUUGUAGGGUUGCAUGUUGUCCUCCUUUCGUUCUAUUUUCCUUGUUCUUAGUUUUAUAUCAAAAGUUCUUUUUAUUUACUUCAGGAGUCGAAAAAGAAGUAGAAAGAGAAGAGAAAGAAUAAUAGAUGUUGUACGUGAUGUACUACUGUAAAAGAUAGACAUACAAAACAGAGUACGAAGUGUGAUUUCUUUUAUAUCAAAAGAUCAAGGAUACUGUU